CCUCAAGUUACAAUUCAUUUCUGAACGCCAUAAGACGUCUUUUUUCGCUUUUCAGUACAAUACACUAAAACGUAAUACAACAAAAUGAUCAAACUCCUUCUAGCAGUUGUUUUUUGCGUCGCUACAACGAUGACUGUGGUCCAGACUGCACCGGCUAAAUAUACUAAUAAAUACGAUAACGUAAAUAUCGACGAAAUUCUGAACAACGACCGCUUGGUCGCCAGCUACUUCAAGUGUUUGAUGGAUACAGGAAAAUGUACACCAGAAGGCGAGGAAAUUAAACGAUUGUUACCAGAAGCAGUAGAAAAUAAAUGUGCAGACUGUUCUGAAAAACAAAGACUGGGUUCUGAAAAAAUCAUUAAGUUUCUAUUUGAAAAGAAAAAUGAUAUGUGGAAAGAACUUGAAGCAAAAUACGAUCCUAAAGGAACAUACAAACAACGUUAUGCGGAAGAGGCAAAGAAAUUGAACAUUGACGUUUAAAUUAAUCAAAAAAUAAUAUAGUAAUAUUGUGUUAUUUAUUUAUAAUACAAAUGAGCAAUGCAUUUUUUUUAUAUAUAUAAAAUUGCACAUUUCAUAAAUACUUUUAUUUAUGCACGUA